UCGAUUUUCCGCUGAAAUCUAUUUUGGUGCUCCACACACGAAUUUGCGACGCAUUCAUCAUUCGCCUGAGGGAUUCACAAUUUCCGGCCAUUGAGAAUUCUCAAUAUUUACUUGAAAAACAAAUGUACGAGGCGGCCAGAAGAGCAGCGGCAGAACCUCGACGGCAGCGGCCCCGAAUUGCCGAGUGCGGCCGUGUCUGCCUCCCAGAUGUCUGCUAGCAAUAGCAUCACGAGCAGUUAUUUCAGCUCCAAUAAUGGCACAAGUAGUGCGAGCAGCAAUAGCAGUAGUAGUAGUAGUGGUCGUCCAUCCAGCAACCUGGCCCUGCUGUUCGUUCAGUCUUCUUGUUCCCCAAUGCCGCUCGCCAGCAGCAGCACGACUGCGCCUGCUCCAGACACCUUCCUCAAGGAGCGCUUCCUGUCAUUUCUGGCAGAGCUCAUGCCUGAUGCGUGUGUUGAAAAUGUCAUCGAGAGCUACAUUGUCAGUUUUCUGAGCGACUUGUGGACUGCGGGCGACUUUUCUGCCGACUCGUUCGAAUUUGUCGACUUGCUGAGCAUGUAUCUUCCGGGCUUUGAGCAACUCGUCAAUGGUCCCGAGGCCGUUCGUGGAUUUCUAGAGUUCUUGCAGGAAUAUCACCGCGAGCACCAGCUGUCCAUGUCCGCCCUGUCAAGUGUCCCAAGCACUCCGGAUUCGGCCUUGUCCGUCUCACUCUCCAAUUUGAACGUGCCGCCGACCUUUGCGACCGCGUCUGAAGUGUCAUCACCACAACCACAGCCAGCGUCACAGACUCACUCGAGCCCGGCAGGUCCAAUUUCAGGUGGAGGAGCACCAGCACCCCAACAACUCUCGCCCUUGGACGUGCCCGUGUCCCCGCAUCCCCUGGGUGGACUGCGAUCCGAGACGCUGGCCUUGUUCACAACCGGAACAGCGUCGUCCCCGUCCCUAUCGAGAACUCGAGUGCUAGAGGCUGGGAAUCUGGACUCUGGGGACUCGGCACUGCGCAAGUCGGACCCAAGCACCCCGAGUGCGGAUUUUGCCGUAUGUGAGCGCAAGCCAGUGUCCUAUGCAUCGCAGCGUGCUGAUGUCGCCCCCGUGGAUGGCAUUGCAUCGAGCGCACACGUUUCGUCAACGGCAGCAAAUCCAUCUUCAAAGUCACAGAAAAAUCGCAACGCAUCCCACCAGCAGCAGCCCACCAAAACCAACAAGCAACAAAAGCAAGCACCCUCGCCUGGCGCAGGCGCCGUUGCUACUGCACAACCUGAACGACAAGAUCCGUUGGACGAGCAAGUCCACAACCUCUUGGCGCUCUUCCCACAUCUAACUCUCGAUGUGAUUUCUUUCGAGCUUGCUGCAGCCGGUGGUGAUGUUUCUGCCUGCGCGGAAGCGCUUGUUCAGCUGCCAUCGGAAACCGACAGCGCCAAAGGAGCGACGUUGAAGCCUUCGAAACACCAGCGCGAGUCGAGCAAAAACCACCCACCAGCAAAGACUACCCCUCACCCGCGGCUUGCCUCGACAAGCACAAAGGGUGCGCUUUUUCAUAAUACAACGGCUCCUGUGGUUUUCGCCAAAACCUCCAGUUCGGAGGACACUGCGCCUCCCUCCGCGCCGAGUCCCAAAAUUGCGGCGUCAGCAUCCUCCGAUCCCGCUGUUGUAGCGAUGCUCUGCGAGAUCUACCCCCAUGAAAACGUCUCAACCAUCGAGUAUUAUUUGGGUCUUUGUAACAACGACCCCGACGCCUGUGCCGCUCGACUCAGUCAGGCUGCUUCAUCCAGCGAUGCAACCCAGCACAACAAAUCAAACCUGCAAACAUUUGGCCUUGCGGAUGUAUGCUCCGAGACCCUCGAUACAAAGACGCGUCAAGUCAUGCUUGAUCGAUACGCCAUCAAAAGCCACGUCGAGGGAGAAGAAAACCGAAUUGGAAAGAUUGACACAAGUCGCGUUUGGGAUAAUCGCAAGAAAAUGAUGCGUUUCCGAGACAACCGGAUUGUCACCACGAAAGGCAACAAGGAUGUGAUUGCAUGAUGAUGGCGUGUGGGGGGGGGUGUUUUCAACUAUCAAAUGAAUAGCGACUGGGUUAAUCUGGCAUGGCGCUGUAUGCUUUGGGCAACAUGAACUAUGGAAUACACGAAAUCCUGAUGAUGGAGACUGAAAAUGUAAUCCCAAACAAAUAACAAGUACGUUGACA